CUUCACCAACAUUGACGAUGAGCGUCACACAGCAGCAAAUGCUCUAUGAUGAAGAGCAAUUGAGAUUGAUGGAAGAAGUCUGUAUUGUAGUAGACGAAAAUGAUAAGCCUGUACGAUCUGGCACGAAAAAAGAAUGCCACUUAAUGGAAAAUAUUCAUAAAGGAUUAUUACAUAGAGCCUUUUCCAUGUUUCUUUUUGAUAAUGAAAACCGUCUUUUGUUGCAGCAACGGGCAGCUGAAAAAAUCACUUUUCCUUCCUUAUGGACCAACACGUGCUGCUCACAUCCAUUAGAUGUUGCCUCUGAGCGCGGAUCUAAAUUGGAUGAAGCGGUUAUGGGCGUGAAGUCUGCCGCACAAAGAAAGUUGUUUCAUGAACUAGGAAUCAAGGCUGAAUAUAUUCCUAAAGAAAGGUACCAGUACUUAACCAGGAUUCAUUACCUUGCACCUAGCGUUGACAAAUGGGGCGAGCAUGAGAUUGACUAUAUUUUGUUCUAUAAGGGUCAUGUUGAGUUGGAAAUCAAUCCUAAUGAGGUACAAGCCUAUAAGUAUGUUACUAUGGAUGAGUUAAAGGCUAUGUUUGAAGAUCCUGAAUACAAGUUUACUCCCUGGUUUAAGUUGAUUUGCCAGCACUUUUUGUUCAAAUGGUGGACAGAUGUGGAUAAUUCGAGCAAAUUCGAAGAUCAGGAAAUUCAUCGGAUGGUAUAGAAGGGUUUGACUUUCAUGAUGUGCUAUCUCUGAAGGCGUUCUUUUUUACUUUCUUUCUUUUUGGGGCAAGCUUCUAUGGUUUUGUCUUUGAAUUCGGAAAUUAAUAUAGAUUUGAGGAUAUAAGUAAUCUUUUGUUGUAUUUACUUGUCAUAUAUACCGGGCACGUCUUUUGAAGAGUCUAUGGAAAAGCUCGGUCUAAUUGGCACUAUUAGAAGUGUUUCGCAGAUUUACCAUUUUGCAAUAAUAGAUAAUAAAUACAGGGUGUAAUGAUAUAAUAUUCGAUUUGGCGGUAUCCCGAGUUGAAGGGGAAUGCAUAGUUUGAAUGGAACAUAAACUUUUUUUUGUGGUAAAAGAAGGAAGAAAGAACAUGAAACAUUUUG